AAGGAAGAGAGCACGUUGAUGGUGUCACGGCACAUCACUGCUGUCCACAUCUACACGCUCUGGUCGCUCGUGUUCAUAUCUUUGAUGACCCCUAGCUUGUCUCGUCCGUCCUUGUUUCAGGCUUUACACAGGGAGCGUCAUCCUCUUCCUCUUGGUCUCCUAACAUCCGUUGCUGGGCUUCCUCUGUCCUUUCCUGCCGUUCAUUCGUUUCUCAUCGUUCACAAUCACGAAUUACUGUGCGCCAAGCAACUCUAUCAACUUCUCUCUGUCUUGCUGUUGCGGUGCUGCUGCUCUUGGACCCUCCAAUGGCCAUACUCUUUCAUUCUGUACUUAUUUGGAAUGAUUACAUCUUAUAACACGUUCUGGGAUCCUAAAGAGAUAAUUGUUCCUCUUUCAUUUGCCAUCAGCCCAUCACCAGCACUCCUUAGGGUCCUUUGCUGGUUUUUCCUUUAAGAAAGAUGAAACUGAGGUCUAAGAAAGGAUGGAUGACUUUGGUACCUCUUCAUUUGAAGGGUAAAUCAGCAGUCCGUUUUUCUCUGUUCCCCAAAGUCAAUUCAAAUGGCUGCAGUCCUGGUGAAACUCCAGUUUAUCUGAAUGUAUAUGACUUGACACCCAUGAAUGGCUAUAUGUACUGGACUGGCCUUGGUGUCUAUCACUCUGGGGUCGAAGUAUAUGGUGUAGAAUAUGCAUUUGGAGCUCAUGACUAUCCAACUAGCGGUGUCUUUGAGGUGGAACCUCGGCAAUGCCCUGGAUUCAAGUUCAGGAAGUCAAUAUUCAUAGGAACCACCUGUUUGGAUCCUGUACAGGUCAGGGAGUUCAUGGAGCGCCAUUCAACAAACUACAAUGGUGAUACAUAUCAUUUAAUUGUGAAGAAUUGCAACCAUUUCUGCAAGGACAUCUGUUACAAGCUGACAGGGAAGUCAAUCCCGAGAUGGGUAAAUCGACUGGCCAGAUUAGGUUCAGUUUGCAACUGCAUUCUUCCAGAAGCACUCAGAAUUUCUGCUGUGAGGCAUGAUCCUAAUUUCCACACCCGUGAGAGUGAAAAAAAAAGGCUGCGAAGUGCUGUCAAUUGCCUGUCCUCAAUCUCAAUGCGGCAAAAGCACUUAUCAACAUCUUCACUGUUUCUACAGUCACCUUUGAGAGGCUGCUUAUCGUCAUUUGAAUUUAGGAAGACCGUUAAAGAAAGGUGACUAGCUAUACUUGAGAAGGCAAGAAAUGCAAAUGUUCGACGAAGAUAUGUCUCCUUACUUCUGACUCAGUCUCGAACGUUGGAGAUCUUUUAUAAGCAGCCUUUGCGUUUCCCCUUGAAAACAACCUCGCUUGAAUUUUAUUUCUAUUUAUUUCUUUUUGGGCUUCAUUGAAUUUCUAUUUUCUAGAGAUUGUGGUGUAAAGUCACUUUGAUGGCUCCUCCAUCUGCUGUAAAUCCAAUUGAGAAUGAUCGUCACGGAGGUGAAGAAACUAAAUUUCUAAAGCGUCACCUCCGCCAGCUGUAUCCCUAUAGUGUAGUAUGCCGCGUCUAAUUUAAAUCUAUGCCUUUCUUGUAGUGUAUUUGAUCACCGUUGGCGAAGCUGCAUUAUAAAAUAGUUUAUCAAAAAAGUUGCUAUUA